AUGGGAAAACUGCGACUUGACUUGACCCUGAGCAGCGCCAGAAGGUAUAUGUCUGCGCUACGCGUAACAAAGAAAGCUAUGCCUACUGAAACAAAAGAGAAAGAGCUGCGGAACAUUGGCAUCAUCGCACACAUUGAUGCAGGAAAGACGACUACAACGGAGCGUAUGUUAUUCAACUCGGGCGCAACUCGUUGCAUAGGGGACGUAGAUGAUGGAGACACCGUCACAGAUUAUCUCGACCAGGUGUGUAAUGGAAUGCGAAAGAAAUGCGUUGCUCGUGGCGUGUCUUCGAGAAUUCAGCCGUCCGAUACCCCGUUUGCUGAAAGAGAGCGUGGAAUAACGAUCACUUCCGCCGGUGUGAAUUUCAAAUGGCGAAAUGCCUUUGUAAACCUCAUUGACACCCCGGGUCAUGUCGAUUUCACGGUAGAAGUUGAACGAGUUCUUCGCGCUCUGGAUUCCACCGUAACGGUUUUGGACGCGUCAGCAGGCGUGGAAGCACAGACGUUGACCGUGUGGGAACAAGCAAACCGGUACUCGCUUCCGAGUUGCGUCCUUCUGAACAAAAUGGAUAAGGAGAAAGCAAACGUUUCUGACUCGGUCAAAUCGAUUCAGGAGAAGUUGAGUGUCGUUCCUAUCGUAACCCAGUAUCCGGUUGGAGUUGGGAAACAAUUUUGUGGGGUGAUUGACCUGGUCAGUCUUAAAAAAAAAUUAUGGAAAGAGGACUCAUCUCGAAAUCUAACGGUAAUGACUGAAACGCAGAUUGACGAUUGGCGAAAGAACGCCAAAUUGUAUGAUGAGGCUCUUCGUUGGAGGGAAAGUAUGUUGCAUGAUUUGAGCGACGUGGAUGAUGAAAUAGCUACGAAAAUAAUUCAGUCGUCACGCUUGAAUGACAUUUCAACUUCCGACGUACAGGCAGCAAUGCGCCGUGCAACCUUAUCAAGGAAAGCAGUUUGCGUGUAUUUGGGAAGCAGUUUGCGAAAUGUUGGAGUUCAGCCGUUGUUGGAUGCUGUGGUCGAUUUGUUACCGAAUCCGGACGAAUCUCUUCCCGAUUUCGUUGAACAUUUUCGCGGAAAACUUUGCGCCGUUGCUUUUAAGGUUGUUUACGAUUCUCUCCUUGGUUAUCUGACGUUCUUACGAGUCUUUUCUGGGAUGCUGAAACCGGGGCAGCGCUUACUUGUCACUAGAACUGGACAGCACGAGAAAACGUUGAGGCUUUAUAGAGCGUUUGGCGAACAGUUGCAAGAAGUGGAUUCGGUUUCUGCCGGUAACAUCGCCGUUGUGACAGGUCUCAAGGAAGCGAGUACGGGUGAUUUGUUGUGCAGUUCGCUGCCGGACGGUGUCGAUACUGAAGCUUUGUUGCUGACUUGCGGGACCAACUUUCCGGAGCCUGUGUUCUUUUCGUCAAUUGAAGCUGGAUCCGCGGUGCAGCAGCAAGCAUUGGACAAAGCGCUUGAACGAGUUUGCAGGGAAGACCCAAGUAUAUCUGUGAAACUGGAUGAAGAUACCGGUCAAACCGUUCUCGGGGGGAUGGGAGAGCUGCAUCUGGACAUCACGAUGGAUCGUCUCAAGAGAGACUUUGGUGUUGAUGCAUACAUGGGCCCAUUGCAAGUUGCUUACAAAGAAACGAUUGCCCAAAGCGUUACGGAUGCUUUGACGUUUUCUCGAGUUAUUGAUGACAGAAAGCACCUGUGUGUCCUGAAAAUUACUGCCUUUUCCGCGGAUGAUCAAAAUUUGAACGGGAAGCGCUUCAAGUUCGUGAACCCAAGGCGGACUGGGGAAAAUGAACACAAUUUGGCCUCAAUCAAGCCCUACCAGUGGAAGGCAAUAGAAAAUGGAGUGAAGGGUGCGUUACGAGCUGGGCCGUUCAUGUCUUUUCCCGUCAUCGGUGUUGGCUUUUACUUGGAGUGGUUUGAGGUUGGUCCGGGAACUUCACACAUCAUGAUCACCGCUGCGGCAGCGACUCUAGUUCAGCAGAUUUUGAAGCAGUCUGGAACUGUCGUGAUGGAACCAAUUAUGGAUCUCGAAAUAAUUGUCGACGGCGACUAUCUUUCCCCGAUUUUGGCGGAUUUGUCGACGAGGCGGGGCGUUUUGAGCAACAUCGGGUCGAGACAGGAUCUCAAGGUGGUGAAAGCAGCUGUUCCUUUGGCUGAACUUGUCGGCUACUCGACAGCGUUCCGGAAACUAUGUUCAGGAUUAGGAACUUUCUCAAUGCAAAUAGGACAGUAUGCAGCUUUGGAUCCUAAAUUGCAGGACGAUUUGGCCCAGAAGAUGUUCGGCUUUCGUCCGCGAUGAUGUAUGAAGUUCACUGGGAUUGGUUGCAAGAAGUGCACAUUGUAGUUUUGAGAGCUA